GGAUAACAGCUGUGAUUAUAAUUCCUACACAGGCUUCACUUACAUUAGUCACUUCAGGGAUUGGAUCCGUUCCGCUUACGUGACUUCUUGAGAAAAAUGAAGAAAUACAAAAAAAGGCAUUUUUAUGAAAGUGGGAAAUAUGCUUAUCUUCUUCAGUCGCUCAUGACGCUCGCGAUGCGUCUCUCGUGCCACACAGACUGAGAACAUAAUUAGUCAAGCAAUGUUCGAGCGCCUGAAGAAGCUGUGGAAGCCGUGCAGACUGAAGAAAAGAUGGAUCAGACCUAAAGUUCCGGAGUUCAUCUCAUCAGUGAAUGAAUUGGUGGCGGAUCAGACAGAAGUCGAAGAGGAAAAAAAAUGUUGUACGAAAAAGGAGAAAAAUUUCACUAGGGAACCAAGAGUGAAACGGUGCGAUGGAAACGACAGUGAAAACGAAGCGGAGCAAAGUACCUUUGUGUUCUGUAACGAAGUGGAGCUGUACGAGAACAAAAAAGUGAACAAACUUCAACAAGAAUUACAAUUGUAUCACAGAGAGCAUUGUUCGGCGCUUAACGAAGUGGAUCGUUUACCUAACCUAAAAAGGGAACGUGUCAUCGGUAUAUUGAACAGUCAUUAUCCCCCAAUAGAAUUUUUUGACUUUUGCGUUAUCGCCAGCGAUAACGAUUUCGAUCUCGCUCAGAGACUCGUCCAAGUCCUACGUGAUCAAGGUUUAUGUGGUCGCGUGGCCGGAAGUGACUUAGGCGGUGACAUAUUUCAAGAAUACGACGUCCUCAUUAGUUCCAGUACCAAGAUUAUGUUCCUUAUCACUGAAGACUUCACGGCCGAUAGAUUCUGUCGUAGAUUACAGAGCGCCGCAGUUUUUCAAAGUUUGCUCACGCGAAUUUCACAGGAGCGUGAUAGGUGUGUGCCCGUCUUUGUUGAAGCGUCGGGACGCCUUCCGCCUAGGAUACCUCUGCCGCUGAUCGGGGUGGCUGGAUUGAAUUUGUCAGAGCCACGUGCUGUCGUUCGAAGAAUAAGAAAUACGUAUACGGCGGAAGUGAAGGGCACUAAAAUUUUGCGAGCUCUGAAUUAUCUUGAGGAACGUGAAAAUUUUUCUAAACGUCUUUUGAGCGAUGAAUCUUUUGAUUUGUUAUUUGAGAAUGACAGGUUGACCUCUUUGAACUUUAAUGAUAGCGUCGCGUCCAUGAUCUCUGGUCGCGGUUCUGGGGAUAAGGAUGAACUGUUUAUUGGUGGCGCCACUGCUAGAGGGGUACUACCAAACUGUUCGGAACCGGUUACACCGGUUAAGGGUAUUGUGUCUGGUGUGGAAUCUUUGAUUAGUGGCUUGGGUAUCAGUGCUGAUGAAGAUUCGAGACGGGAAUGGACACUGAGUGAAGAACAGACGCAGCAGUAUGUGAACGUUGAGGGAUCUUCGGAUGUUCAUGUUGGACCACAAAUUAAUUUAAUUGUUAAUGUUCAUAACGGACCUGUUACUAAUGUUGUGACCGAUUCUGAGUAGAUUCUUUUAGAUCAAUUGUUGAUCUUGUCUUGUGUUAUCAGCUAAAUGGACUUUUUAUUAACAUUGUUAAUAUGAAUUGCGGUUUUUUUUAUGGUUGGAUUUUUCAAGUUAAGAGAGGAUUUUGUAAUUGUUUUUUUAAAGAGAAAGGAUCCUACAACGUUGAACCAAUUUUUGAAAAUACAAAUCCAGAGACAUUGACUGUGCAUAAUGGAGAAUCGUUAAGUGAAAUUGUAUCGUUAUCUACAGAUAGUGAUAACAUUUUGGAAACGUCGAUAACGAUCCUAAAAACUAUGGGAAUCAACGUGUCUGAAAAUAAAUUAGAAUUAUCAUUAACCAGCAUUGUCAAGCGUUUGGAUAAAGAAUUACCGCUUGUAGUUGGAAAUGAAAAUUCCGAUUUUUUGAUAAUUUCGACGGAAAACGAUAAGGAGGCUGCUCGUCAAACUUUACAGAGACUUUAUAAAAAUGCAAAUCUCAUCGGUAUUCUUUAUAACGACAGUGUAUCGAUCGGUGCCGAUUUUUUUGAAAGUUUCGAAAAUUUCGCAAGUCGCACCACUAAGUUAAUUUUCUACCUUACCGACGAUUUUGUGCGAGAUGAAUUUUGUUCCCGCUUGGUGUCGCUAGUCUACUUGUACAACCGUGCCGAUUUAAUCGACAAGGUGGUACCGAUCAUGGCUGAAGAUUCUUUAGAAAUAGAAUUACCACGCUGUUUGCAAUUAGUCGACAAAUUAUGGCUGGGCAGUCCAAGACAAAUAGAAACAAGAUGGCCGCGCAUUUGGACACCGGAAGUCCGCCAAAGACGACUGAAUCGCGAGCAAGAGAUUUUACAAAAAUACGAUAGCCAAAGAUUAAUCAAGCUUCGCGAAUUUCUCGCAGAACUCUACGGCGUUGCCUUAAGAUAUUGAUAUCUCAAAAAAAAAUAUUUCAAUUCUUUUUCUUCAAAAAUUGUCUCGAUGCCCUUUGACCUUAUUCGUACAAUUCGCUGACCUACAUACAUUUUUCAUACGUAUCGUCUGAUUGCGUUUAACCAAUGUCAAAAACAUUAUCAAGAUAUUCCAAAAAGUACCGAUAAUACGUGUCCUCGCAUUGAGAAUGAUUAUAUCCAAUAAAGAAUUGAAGUUGCCGACAAGCAUAUACACUUUUAUAUACUACGAGAAUCGUACAAAAUAAUCAUAAUCAUAUUAUCAAAAUGUACAAAUUACAAAUAUUUAUAUCGAAAAAUUAUCAUUAUUCUCAUCGCCAUGUCAUUUAAUAAAUUUCUCACAGUGCAUCACGAAAAUCCAAAGCGGACACAAAAUUCCGCCUUUAUCAUCCAACAGAAGUUAAUCUCGAAAUUUUGUAUAAUCAAAAUAAAUUUUAUCGUCGUACCAAUCA